AUGGCAAUGAGAAAACGAAGUGGUUCUGGCUCUAAACGCCAGCAUAAAGGUAAAUUAAUUCCUAUUUAUGAAAGUUUAUUCAAAGGAGAAGAUUUAACGUCAGGACAUCCUAAUUUUUGGAAUGAAGUGUUUCUAAUUAAACCGAUAGUACCUCACAUAGAAAAUGAAAUUUUAAAAAUGUCAGCCGAGCAAUUAUCAACAUGUAAAAACAAUUUAAACGCAUUAGUAUGUCAUUCAAUCGACACACUAAUAGACGAGCACCCAUUCCGCGUGGUGUAUGCUCUGCAAACCUUAGCCGCAGUGAUCCAAUCAAUCUACAAAAAAGCUAGUCAAAACGAGUGUGAUUUCAAUUUAGUAGACGUCUUAAUUGGGUUAAAGGACGCUGAGGAGCGUAUGACAACGUUAAUGCAGCACUGCAACACCUUUUUACUAGGAGAAUACCCCGACAGCUUAAAAGCGCUUUGCCUUAAACUCUUAUUAAUAAUAGUAACUGGAACGGACAAUCUCAGCCAGAAUAGUUUGCUGGAGUACGUGAUGGUAAACGGAGUAUUUGAAUCCUUAAUUCAAUUAUUACGAGAAACAACUUUGAGAAAUCGUCACGGGCACGAUGCAGUGUUGCUUUUAACUCUGCUAGUAAAUUACAGAAAAUACGAAAGUACUAACUCGUAUAUUGUUAAAUUAUCAAUUCUCGACGACGAGUUAGCAUUGAAUGGAUACAGCCAAGUGAUCUCCGGAUCUUUGAUGGAAUUUUGUAGAUUAUUUGUCCAGCAAAAAGCGGAAGUACAAGCCAGCUGGCUGUCAUCAUUGACGAGUAUGGUCGGUAGCAUGUUUGUCGGCGAAGAAGAAGCCAAGACUCAGCAAGUUCGCGCGAACAACGCGCUGCUGCUGGCUCUUUAUGAAGCGACACAUCUUAACAGAAAUUUUGUGACAACUUUAGCAUUCACCAAAAGUGACACCAGCGCUCCGCCUUCGCCUAACAACACCCUGGGACCUAACGCGGUCGCUCCUGGGUCCCAACCGCCUGAUGUGAUAGCCCAGCCAUUUAAUUUACUCGCUAUAUUUUUACAAUACUGCUCAAUAGUCAUGCAAGCAAUUAAAACCGAGGCUAUUUUAAAUAAUGUUAAGUUAUGCUUUCUUAUACUAAGUUGCAUCGCUGAGGAUCAGUAUGCUAAUAAUCUGAUGCAUGAUGCCAAUCUGGCAUUCAGAGUCCAGCUUCAUCGGAUGCCGAUGUAUCAUAGGAAAAUUCAGGACAAAGUUGCACCCACUCAACCACUUGCUGCUACUCUUUUGGAUCUUCUGGUUGAAUUCAUUACGUCGCAUAUGAUGAAAAAAUUCCCUCUUGAACUGUAUCAUCAGUGCAUAGGGGUGCUGCAGAGAUUGCUGUGCUACCAAAAGAGAUGCGGAGUAAGACUUGGGUACCAGUGGAAAGAGCUUUGGACCGCGCUGUUUAAUCUUCUUAAAUUUUUAACGACCCACGAAGCGCAUCUUGUUAAAAAAAUGAAUAUUUUCCCUUUAGCUAUACAGAUUGUCAAUAUUUUAAAUCUUUUUAUUACUUAUGGUGAUACUUUUUUGUCACUACCGAGUAGCUAUGAUGAAUUGUUUUAUGAAAUUAUAAGAAUGAGACUUAUUUUUACAAAUUUAAAUGCUAUGGCUUGGUUAGCGAGCGAAAGUUUAUCAACACCAACUGAGCAACAAAUUCUUGCUAUCAUCAUACAAAAUUACGACACACUUGCUUUGAAAUUACAAGAUAAUCUAGAUCAAUAUGAAAGAUACUCGGAAAAACCAAACCACACGACAUUCUUUGAAGAAAUGGUAACUGGAAUUAUUAUUGACACACGAGCUUCAAUAAAUUUAAAUGCACUAGACACACAAGCAAUUCUUCAAGAACUAUCAAAUAUAUCAUAA